AUGGUCAAGUCAAUUGCUGGUUCCAAGGUUCUCCUGCUGGGCUCAGGCUUCGUCACAAAGCCCACGGUCGAAGUUCUGAGUCAGGCUGAUGUGGAGGUCACUGUCGCUUGCCGUACCCUCGAGAGCGCCAAGGCCCUCGCCUCCGACUUCAAGAACGCCAAAGCCAUCUCCCUGGAUGUGAGCGAUGACGCCGCUUUGGACAAGGCGAUGGAGCAGGCCGACUUGGUCGUGUCGUUGAUCCCCUACACUUUCCACGCUACAGUCAUCAAGUCUGCUAUCCGCACAAAGAAGAAUGUUGUCACCACCUCUUACGUCUCCCCCGCCAUGGAGGAGCUCAACGAGGAGUGUAAGAAGGCCGGCAUCACAGUAAUGAACGAGAUUGGACUGGACCCUGGUAUUGAUCAUCUUUACGCCGUCAAGACCAUCUCCGAGGUUCACGCCGCCGGUGGAAAGAUCACCAGCUUCAUUUCCUUCUGCGGUGGUCUCCCUGCCCCCGAGGCGUCCAACAACCCCCUCGGCUACAAGUUCUCCUGGUCCAGCCGCGGCGUGCUGCUUGCUCUCCGCAACGCUGCCAAGAUCUACCAGGAUGGCAAGGUCGUCAGCAUCGAUGGCCCUGAUUUGAUGGCCACUGCCAAGCCCUACUUCAUUUACCCCGGCUUCGCUUUCGUGGGCUACCCCAACCGCGACUCUACUCCAUUCCGUGAGCGUUACGAGAUCCCCGAGGCCCAGACCGUCAUCCGCGGCACCCUGCGUUACCAGGGCUUCCCCGAGAUGAUCAAGGUUCUCGUUGACAUCGGCUUCCUCAAGGACGAUGCCAACCCCGUCUUCGACAGUGCGGUCCCUUGGAAGGAGGCCACCGCAAAGGUGCUGGGCGCCGCUUCCUCCUCCGAGCAGGACCUCAUCACGGCUGUGCAGAGCAAGACCAGCUUCCCCAACAACGAGGAGCGCGAUCGCCUGCUGGCCGGUCUUCGCUGGAUCGGUCUCUUCUCCGACGAGACCAUCACCCCUCGUGGUAACGCCCUCGACACCCUCUGCGCCACCUUGGAGAAGAAGAUGCAAUAUGGCCCCGACGAGCGUGACAUGGUCAUGCUCCAGCACAGAUUUGAAAUUGAGCACAAGGACGGCUCCAAGGAGACACGAACCUCGACCCUCUGUGAGUACGGUAAUCCCGCCGGUUACUCCGCCAUGGCCAAGCUGGUUGGUGUCCCUUGUGGUGUGGCGGUCAAGCAGGUUCUUGACGGCACUAUUUCCCAAAAGGGAGUUCUUGCUCCCAUGACCAUGGAGAUUUGCGCUCCCUUGCUCAAGACUCUGAAGGAAGAGUAUGGUAUUGAGAUGGAGGAGCGCACCUUGUAA